GGCACACGAACUGAACGCGAACGUAAACGAAUCGGCAAAACAACAACAAAAGAAUAAUACGAGCAUCGUGGCUAAACAUCGUGACGUCGCGACGUCGUCGGCAACGCAAAGUGGGCGCCCCCCAACAACAUAAUAUUGUGGCGCUCUGGGCGUGUGAAAGCGAGAGCGCUUGUGUUUAGCCGGCAUAGCCAUAUUGGCUUAGUUGUGUGUGUGCAGAAGCGAGCAGGCAAUAAACAACAACGUGAACAAGUGCCACACAUUCAUUCAGUCUGUCAGUCAGUCACUCACUCACUCACAGGUGAGCAGCAGCUAAACGUAAAAAAAAGAAGCCAGAGGCAGGCAGGCAGCAGAGGCGGCUGGACCAGAGAGAGGCGUACUGGAAAAACGAAAAAAAAAAACAAAAAACCAGCGAAAAAAAAGAAAAGUGUUUCUUCGCUUUUCAGCAACUGCAACUAAAAGGCAGAGUGUAAAAAAGAAAUCAAAACUCUUUUUGAUACACACAAACAACAACAACUAGCUGGAGGACGCCUACGUCAGCAGCAGAUUGCACAAAAAUUCCAAUCCUCUAAAACAACAACAACAAGGAGAACAUGGCCAUCAAACCCGGACUUGGUCGCAAGACGACCAACAAAAAUCCACCGAUACUGAGCCACGAGUUCGUCAUACAAAACCAUGCCGACAUCAUCUCCUGCAUCGCCAUGGUCUUUGUCGUUGGUCUGAUGAACGAAUCGACGGCCUCAUUUGCCAGCGCCUUCAUCUCGCUGCACCACAACGUCAGCGGCGAGGAGGCGUCCCGUGAGCUGCCCUAUGGCAAGCCGUAUACGUAUGCGGCCGGAAUUAAGGAUUACUGUGCAAUCUUCUUCUAUACGCUGACCUGCAUCAUUAUGCAUGCCAUCAUCCAGGAGUUUGUGCUCGACAAGAUUAGCAAGAAAUUGCAUCUAUCGAAAUUCAAGCUGGCUCGCUUCAACGAAUCCGGCCAACUGGUGACCUUCUAUCUGCUGUCCUUCGUCUGGGGCGUUCAUGUGGCGUUGCGCGAAGGUUAUCUGGGUCAGGUGGCCCAACUCUGGGAUGGCUAUCCGACGGCGCAUGCGAUGAGCUUCCUGCACAAAUUCUACUUCAUCAUCCAGCUAUCGUACUAUCUGCAUAUGCUGCCCGAACUCUACUUCCAGAAGGUGCGCGCCAAGGAGGAGCAACAGCCCAAGAUCAUACAUUCCAUUAGCGGAUUCACGCUCAUCGUUUUGGCCUACACGCUCAGCUUCCAACGUUUGGCCAUUGUGCUGCUGACGCUGCACUAUUUCAGCGAGCUGCUCGCCCACAUCUUCCAGCUGAUCGGUGUGUUUGAUCGCGAGGAGCGUUUGGCUCGCGUUCGCAUCGUGAACAGCGCCGUGUUUGUGCUGGUGCGUUUUGCCACCUCGGUGAUUGGUGUGCUCACGUUGCACUAUGGCAUCGGCGCCUCUGGCAGCAGCUACAAGUUGCGUGCUCUGCUUGCGCUGGUCGCCUUGAUUGCCCUGCAGGGAUACUUUGUGUUCUCGUUCAUCACCGAACAGUUGAGGGCGAAGCGUGAGGCGAAGCGAGAGGCCAAACUGUUGGCGGCACAGACGAAGAAGGCGAAGGCGCCCAACAAGGAGAAGGUGAAGCGCAAGAAGGAGAGCGAUCUGCCCGAGGCGGAUCAGGCCAGUCCUGUCAAGCAGAAGCUCAAGUAGAGAGAGCAUGACAGCGCAACAACAACAACAACAACAAAAUCUUCCGCACACUUCCAGAAGCUCAAUCAACAGAUAACAAAAACAACAACAACGACAUCAACAGACUAUCAAGAGAACUCUCAAAACUCAAGCACUUUGCUAUGAACAUUAUACACUAGACAACACAAAACCUUUUUUUUUUUGGCUUUCUCUAUUGUGCAUUUAAAAAACAAAAACAA